UUUUUAAAAAAAGGAGUUUGUUAUCUUUUCAAGUGUGUACUUAACUAGCGACUGUGAAUAUAAGUUAAUUAUUACACAUGCUGUAAUUAAAUCAAACCAGAAUGAACCAGCGGAGUUGCAGAGAACACUCUGCUGCUCAGACGGACCCUGGAUUCACCUCCAGCUGGCUGCGGUGCUUGAGCGCCAUGUCUGCCCCGCUGCUCAGGGUCUGCUACAGUUUCCGAUGUUUGAAUGGACUCAAAGACUGCAGGACGUGGAAACCAGGAGGGGCAGUUUUGCUUCGGUCUCUCCACGUAGACAGUCCACCUCACAAACCCUCCCUGACCACCAGCUACGUCCACGGCACCUCUUCCUAUUCCUUUCUUCCCCUGACUGUAAGUCAGAGCCUGGAAGCUACCGUCCGACGCUAUCCUGACCGCGAAGCCGUGGUGUUUCUACAGGACGGCAUCAGAAAAACCUUUGCUGAGUUUCAGACAUAUGUGGACACGGCUGCUGCUGGCUUGCUUGCUCUGGGCUUGAAGAAAGGUGAUCGACUGGGGAUUUGGGCUCCCAACAUAUACGAAUGGAUCCUUUUCCAGUUUGCCUCAGCUAAGGCUGGAAUUAUCCUGGUGUCACUGAACCCAGCCUAUCAAGUAGACGAAUUGGCGUUUACACUGCAAAAGGUCCAGUGUAAAGCAGUAUUGUGUCCAACCAGCUUUAAAAGCCAGAACUUUUGCGAGAUGCUGCGGGAGAUUUGUCCAGGAAUCGAGUCAAUGCCCCCGAAUAUGAUCAAAAGCUCCAGGGUGCCAGAGCUGCGUAUGAUCAUUGUGACCGACAACAGGCAGCCAGGGAUGCUCCAUGUGGACGAUGUGAUGCAGGCAGCGGAGGGUCAGCACUACAAGCAGCUGUCGGACCUGCAGAGCCAGCUGUCCUUUGAUGAUGCCAUCAACAUCCAGUUCACUUCAGGUACUACUGGAAAACCAAAGGGAGCCACUCUUUCCCACAACAAUAUUGUAAAUAAUGCAUAUUAUGUGGGCCUCCGUAUGGGCUACAAUCACAGACCUCAGGUGCGAGUGUGUGUGCCUGUGCCUCUGUAUCACUGCUUCGGCUCUGUGAUUGGAGGGAUGAGCAUGGCAGUUCACGGCAUCACGCUCGUGUUCCCUUCUUCUGCUUACAACAGCUCUGCCAAUUUAGAGGCCAUCCAGAAUGAAAAGUGCAAUUUUGUCUACGGCACUCCCACAAUGUACACUGACUUGCUGAGUCGGGAUUUACACAAGUAUGACCUGUCAUCAGUUGAAGCUGGGCUCAUGGGAGGCUCUCCAUGCCCCCCCGAGAUCCUGAGGCGACUCAUAUCAAACAUGAACAUGAAAGAAAUAACGAUUAUAUAUGGAACUACUGAAAACAGUCCUCUUACGUUCUUGGGGUUCCUGCAAGACAACGAUGAUCUGAAGAUCAACACUGCCGGGUGUAUCAUGCCUCACACUGAGGCCAAGAUAGUGGACCCCAACUCGGGCCAGAUUGUCCCUUUGGGGGCGUCGGGGGAGCUGAUGACCAGAGGUUACUGUGUGAUGCUCGGGUACUGGGAUGAUCCUCAGAAAACCAGAGAGGUCAUCUCUGAGGAUCGCUGGUAUAGGACUGGUGACACAGCCAGCCUGAACAGUCUGGGGUACUGCUGCAUCGAGGGACGUAUGAAGGACAUGAUCAUUCGCGGAGGGGAGAACAUUUACCCCGCUGAGGUGGAACAAUUUCUCCACAAGCAUCCAAAAGUUCUGGAGGUACAGGUGGUUGGAGUGAAAGAUGAGAGGCUGGGUGAGCAGGUGUGUGCCUGCGUCAGACUGAGGGAGGGCCAGACCUCCACUGUAGAGGAGAUAAGAGACUUCUGCACAGGAAAGAUUUCUCACUUUAAGAUUCCAUACUAUGUGGUGUUUGUAGACAGUUACCCACUAACUGUCUCUGGAAAGAUCAAGAAGAACAUAUUAAAGAAGGAAGUGGAGAAGAAAUUAGGUCUAUGAUUUUUUUUUUAGCUUUUAUAAUGAGUAAAGACCGAAACUAAUUUAUGUAUCUGAAUAAUUUAUGCCUUGUUUUAAAUUGUGCUGGAAUAUUAAAGCAGCCUGUUGAUUUAUUCAAUAUUAAAGCUUUACAAUAUAGCAAAUGAAUGAUCCAGUUUUUAAUUGUCCCACCAUACAUCUUAGAAUGAGCAUCAACUGUAUAACUUUCAAUAAAUUAUUUUAAACAAGCAACUUUUUAGACAUGUUUUUAGAUAAUCAAAAGGUGUAAUAAGUUUUAGAUCAUAAUAGGUUUCAUUUAAGUAUGAAAACAAAAAAAAAUCAACAUGCUUUCAUUUCACCAAAACCAUAGGCAUAUUUAUUAUCUCAAUCUUUAUUUACUUUAACAAUUGACAAUUUAAUAGCAUAUUACAAUGGCUGUAACCACUGUACAAAAGUAAAACUCGUUAUCUCAACACAUGCCAUACAGUGGCAAUAAUCUGAAAUAAAUAGGACUUUAAUGCCAAAUGUCUCUAUGUACAUGUAAGCAAAUUUUCGCCUUCUAUAUACACUACUGUACAAACUCGCUAAAGUCGCUUCAGUAACAGGCUCUACUGUAAACUGAGAUCUCAUAAAUACAAACAACUAACCUUUAAAUUAUACUUCAGGCUAUAACGGGUUUAAAAAUGUGAGCUGCAAGAAGAAAAAUAGAUACAAAGUCAAUAACAAAGCUGCCAAGACCAAAAAAAAAAAAAAAGUUAAUACCAAAUUAAUAUUA